AUGAGUGAAACACUGGAGACAAACACAGUGUCCGACACGUCGUGCGGACAUUAUCUCAAUUUCUUGGACCACGACAUGAGUGAAUGGAUGCGAUCGGGGAUUACGAAGAGUGCCAUCGAUGAGGCCGUCGACAACAAACGCGGCGUUCACUACCAGAUCAUUGACCACUCGUUAUAUCGCGACACCGAUUGUAUGUUUCCCUCGCGUUGCGAAGGCGUCGAGUACUUCAUCAACAAUGUCAUCGACUCGUUGCCAGACAUGGAUCUAGUGGUCAAUGUCCGCGACUAUCCGCAGGUGCACCAGAAAUGGCCGGACUUACCGGUGCUGUCCUUCUCCAAAGACGUGACCCAAUACAAGGAUGUGUUAUACCCCGCGUGGACCUUCUGGUGCGGCGGACCCGCCAUUGAUCACUACCCGCGCGGUAUCGGACGCUGGGAUCUGAUGCGUGAGUCGAUUACGAAGAAUAUGGUCGACUGGAGUAACAAGUCGUCGAUCGCAUUCUUCAGGGGUUCGCGAACCUCUCACGAUAGGGAUCCGCUUAUAAAGUUGGGUCGAGCGCUGCCGCACCUGAUCUCCGCUGAAUACACGGCGAACCAGGCGUGGAGGUCAGUGGCAGACACGUUGGGCAAAGAGCCGGUGCCGACCGUCACAUUCCAAGACCACUGUCUAUACAAAUAUUUGGUUAAUAUGCGAGGAGUCGCCGCUUCUUUCCGAUACAAACACCUGUUUCUCUGCAAAUCUGUUGUAUUGAAUGUGGACUCCGAUUGGAUUGAGUUCUUCUACCCUCAACUCAAACCGUGGAUUCAUUUCGUUCCCAUCGCUAAAGACAUGAGUGAUUUGGAGGAGAAGAUUGAGUUCUUGAAAGCAAACGAUCAAAUCGGACGCAAUAUCGCUGAGAAGGGCUUUGAAUUUAUUUGGCAUCACUUGACUAUGGAUUCGGUUCAGUGCUAUUGGAAACAACUGUUGGACAGGUAUUCAAAACUAAUGACAUAUAAACCGAAACUCAACACUAACUUAAUUAAGAUAUCUUUGAAUAAAUAA